ACCCAAACCAAUUUCGCACAGCAAAACAAUUUUCAAACUCAAUUACCAUUCCAUAACCUAAAUCUCCUCUUUGUUUCCGAUUCAGAGAGCAAUGGCACGUACCAAGCAAACCGCUCGCAAGUCCACCGGCGGAAAGGCGCCGAGGAAGCAAUUGGCGACUAAAGCCGCUCGCAAGUCAGCUCCGGCCACCGGCGGAGUGAAGAAGCCCCACCGCUUCAGGCCCGGAACGGUGGCUCUGAGGGAGAUCAGAAAGUACCAGAAGAGCACUGAACUUCUGAUCCGAAAACUCCCAUUCCAGAGGCUCGUCAGAGAAAUCGCUCAGGAUUUCAAAACAGAUCUUCGUUUCCAGAGCAGCGCUGUUUCUGCGCUUCAGGAAGCCGCAGAGGCUUAUCUCGUUGGACUCUUCGAGGACACCAACCUCUGCGCUAUUCACGCCAAGAGAGUCACCAUUAUGCCCAAGGAUAUUCAACUCGCUCGCAGAAUCAGAGGCGAGAGAGCUUAAAAUUAGGUUUCAUUGUGUGAUCUAGAAUUAAAAUUAGGUUACUGCUUAUUGUAAUUCGUAUUUUUCAAUCGCCUUUUUGUUGUAAUAUUCAUCUUAUUUCGAAGUAUAUGCUCAUAUGGAUCUGAACAUUUAAACUUAUGUCAGAAAAAAAGAUAAUUCUCUAAUUCUUAUA